AUAUUUAGAGAUCUGGAAUAUAAUGUGGAUCAGAAGAGUGGAUUUGAGGAUGGAAAGAGGAGGAAAUGUUAUGGUGGUUCUGGCUGUGAUUGUGUUGCUAUUAAGGCGGGUGGAGUCGAUCCGAUUCGAUCUGGAAACAGGGCACUCCAAAUGCAUAGCCGAGGAUAUCAGGAUCAAUUCAAUGACAGUCGGAAAAUAUCAAGUCGUAAACAACAACGAGGGAUUGCCUUUGCCGGAUGCCCAUAAAAUCACUAUUCGGGUUACCUCAGCGUACGGGAACAACUACCACUACGCAGAAAAUAUUGCUUGGGGCCAUUUUGCGUUUCAGGCAGCGGAUGACGGUGAUUACAUGGCUUGCUUCUAUGCCGCUGAGACCAAACCCUCCAGUUUUAUGACUGUGGAGUUUGAUUGGAAGUCCGGUGUCGCUGCCAGCGACUGGAGCCGUGUUGCCAAGAAAGGUUCCCUUCGUGUAAGUGCUCUCACUCUCUCGCUUACCUCUUACUCUCUAUACUUGAUGGAUUUUCAUCUUCAGGCAAUGGAACUUGAGUUGAAGAAUAUGUACAAUACAGUCCAGUUCAUUCAAGACGAGAUAUAUUACCUGCGCGAAAGGUAUAAUUCACCUACUUGUUCUACAGGGAAAAAGAAAUGCAACUGUUAA